AUGAGGAGUGUAUUUUGGGCAGAUGGACGGGCAAGGGCAUCAUUCUUAAAGUUUCAUGACGUUGUUGUUUUUGAUGUUACAUAUAGAACUAACAAGUUAGCACUGCCUUUUGCUCCAUUUACUGGUGUUAACCACCAUAGACAGUCAACUUUGUUUGGUUGUGCACUACUUGCAGAUGAGGAAGAAGACACAUUUGUCUGGUUGUUUACUGAAUGGGUUAAAUGUAUGAAUGGGGUGGCUCCGCAUGCUAUUAUUACAGACCAUGACAAAGCUAUAUGUAAUGCCAUUCAAAGAGUGUUUCCAAAUACUCGACAUCGCUAUUGCAAAUGGCAUCUUGGCAAGCACAUGGUUGAUCAUUUAUUAUCUCUACAAAAGUUGCAUGGAGAAGAGUUUGCGAACUACUUUAAUAGAUGGUGGCAUAGCAAGACAGUUGAAACAUGUAUUCAGCAAUGGGAUGAGUUAAAAGAAAAGUUCAAUAUAGAAGAAAAUGAGGAAGGUUGGUUGCAAACCAUGUACAGAAAUAGAACACAUUGGGUGCCAUGCUAUCUCAAAGAUACUUUCUUUGCAGGAAUGACAUCAAGCCAACGUAGUGAAAGUAUAAAUGCCUUCUUUGACACAUACGUCAACUCACAAACAUUGUUGCCCGACUUUGUUGAGCAAUAUGAUAAAGCAAUAUUGUCGCGUCGUUCUCAAGAAUUAAGUGAAGAUUUUGCUACUUUGAAUACAACGCCUGUGAUGCAUCUAAACCAUCCGAUUGAGAUUCAAGCUGGAGAGUCAUAUACAAGAGCUAUAUUUGAGAGGUUUCAAGAUGAGCUUAAAGCUUCUGUAUCUUUGUUUCAUGAUGAGAUGGGAAAAGAAGAAUCAAAUUCUAAAUACAUAGUUGGCUCGCUCUCUACUGAAAGAAGUGUAUGGGAGCAAGUAGUUUAUAAUCAAAAUGAACAGAGAAUAACAUGUACAUGUGCUAUGUUUGAGACCGAAGGAAUAUUAUGUAGGCAUGCCAUUCAUAUUAUGAUAUCGAAUCAGUUGGUAAGAAUUCCUGAAGAAUACAUUAUGCAUAGAUGGACAAUGAAUGCAAGGCACCGUAAUAUUGGAGUCUCUAAUGUGUUGUUGGAAAAAAACUUUAAUAGUAAUAGAGAACAAUGGAGUACUUUACGUUCUUGGGCUUUGAGAGCAAAAUUUAAUAACGUGAUGGAAUGUGCACAUGAAUCACCUAUGGUCUUUGAUGAAAUAGAUAACUUUUUUUCUAACUUGAUGGAAAAACAUGAAAAAGAUAUCAGUGCUAAGCAAAUCAAAGAGACUGAAGCUACGAGUCGGGUUGAAUCUAGUACUCAUUCCCAUACUAUUGAGAAACUCCCUCAAAUCACUGUUCGUGACCCUCUCGAGUCUACAAAACAUAAGGGACGACCGAGAACAAUUAGUAGAUUGAAAUCGGGACUUGAACAAGCACAGGAAAAAAAGGAGAUAAAAAAGAGGACAUGCGGCAGAUGUGGUCAAAAGGGACAUUAUAAAAGUAGUUGCACUAAUUCUCUUGUUGCUAACUUAUCAAAUAACUAG